CGGCCAUGGAUCGCAACCCCUCGCCCCCACCGAGCCGCCAAGACGGGGAGGACGAGGAGGAGGAGGCCGGGGGAGACUGCAUAGGGAGCACGGUCUACAGCAAGCACUGGCUGUUUGGGGUCCUCAGCAGGCUCAUCCAGAUAAGAUACUUUGAGAAUAGUCUCCUGUGAUUUCUAAGUGAAAAGAAACUGACGAACUAUGGAUAGUUUUCAUUCAUCCUCCCCCCCCCCCCCGCUUUGUGUCACUGAAGAUUGUUACGCCAGAAAAUGGGAAAUCCAGCUCAGAAGAUGAGGAGCAACAGACAGAGCUUGAUGAAGAAAUAGAGAAUGAAAUUUGCAGAGUAUGGGAUAUGUCCAUGGAUGAGGAUGUGGCUUUAUUUCUUCAAGAAUUUAAUGCUCCUGACAUCUUUAUGGGAGUACUAGCAAAAUCUAAGUGUCCUCGAUUAAGAGAAAUCUGUGUGGGAAUUUUAGGUAACAUGGCCUGUUUCCAGAAGAUAUGUGUGUCCAUCAGCAGUGAUAAAAAUCUUGGGCAGGUGCUACUGCAUUGUUUAUAUGACUCAGACCCACCUACGCUAUUGGAAACAAGCAGGUUGUUGCUUACUUGCCUUUCCCAGACAGAAGUGGCCAGUGUCUGGGUUGAAAGGAUUCGGGAGCAUCCAGCUAUUUAUGACAGCAUUUGCUUCAUCAUGUCAAGUUCAACAAAUGUUGACUUGCUGGUGAAAGUGGGGGAGGUUGUGGACAAGCUCUUUGAUUUGGAUGAGAAACUAAUGUUGGAAUGGAUUAAAAAUGGAGCUGCUCAGCCUCUGGACCAACUCCAGGAAGAUUCUGAAGAGCGGCCAGUAUUCAGGAUUGUGCCCUGUGUCCUGGAAGCUGCCAAACAAGUACGUUCUGAAAACCCAGAAGGGCUUGAUGUUUACAUGCACAUUUUACAGCUACUUACCACAGUGGAUGAUGGAAUUCAAGCAAUUGUACAGUGUCCAGAUACUGGAAAAGGCACUUGGAAUUUACUUUUUGAUCUGGUUUGCCAUGAAUUCUGCCAGUCUGAUGACCCACCCAUCAUAUUGCAAGAGCAGAAAACAGUGCUGGCCUCGGUAUUUUCAGUGUUGUCCACCAUCUAUGUUUCUCAGGCUGAGCAGGAAUACCUAAAGGUAGAAAAAGAUCUUCCUCUAAUUGACAGCCUAAUUCGAGUGUUAGAAAAUAUGGAGCAUUGUCAGAAGAAGCCAGAGAAAUCAACAGACUUUAACACAGAAGAAACUAACAAGUCUGAUUUAACACAAGAUGACUUCCAUUUGAAAAUCCUAAAGGAUGUUUCAUGUGAAUUUCUUUCCAAUAUUUUUCAGGCAUUAACAAAGGAGACUGUGGCUCAGGGACUAAAGGAGGGCCAGUUAAACAAACAGAAAUGUUCCUGUGUAUUUCAAAACCUCCUUCCUUUUUAUAUUUCUGUGGUGGAAGACUUUAUGAAAAUACUGCAGGAAGUCGAUAAAGCCCUUACUGAUGACCUGAAGAAAAGUUUUCCAAGUUUGAAGGUUCAGACCUAAAAACUGAGUUGGAAUUUCUUCAGUUCAGGAAAUAAACUUUCUUUUUUUUUUUUGUAGUUG